AUGGCCUCGGCCAAGGUUCAGACUGAGGGUGUGCUCCUCUUCGAGCAGCCGUUCGUCAAGGUCCCGUUCGAGAAUUAUAGGAAGGUCUUCAGAACAUCUCAACGAAGCGUGGAGAAAGAAUUCGGAGGCGUUCAAACUCUAGCCAAACAGGCGGCAUCCGCAAGCACAGAAGAUGCGUUGACCUCGCUGGAUUCGAUGUUGGGCAAGAUGCAGGGCCUGAAGCGCAAGCUCUCUGAAAUCCAAGUCACUGCAGGCUCUUCCACACAGGCGGUUAUGAAGGAUCGCCUUCAACAUAUCGGGAUCGCGGAGAGUCUUGAGCUGGCUGACGAUCCCCGUUACGCUCGCUGGGAAGAAACCAGACUUGAUCGUUGGCUGGUUGACUGGCUUCUCAGGAAUGGGAAGGAGGCUACUGCUGUUGAUAUCGCACACGAAAAGGGCAUUGAGUCUUUAGUUGACAUUGAGCUGUUCAUGGAGAUCAAGCGCAUUGAGGACGCACUUCGACAUCACAGUUGUGCCGAAGCUUUGGCCUGGUGCAACGAGAACAAGGCCGCUCUGCGCAAAGCGAAGAGUACUCUCGAGUUUGAUCUGCGGUUACAAGAGUUCAUUGAACUGGCUCGGGCGCGCAAGCGCCCAGAGGCCAUCACGUACUCGCGCAGGUAUUUGCAUUCGUGGCAAGACACCCAUUUGCCACAAAUCACUCAGGCCGCCGCUCUCCUUGCAAUUCCACCGACCACGACGUGUCCUCCCUAUAAACGUCUGUACGAUGUCGGCAGAUGGGAUGAGCUUGUCCGCAAACUACGUCUCACAUUAUUCAAUUUGAACUCCCUGCCUUCAGAGCCGCUCCUUCAUCUAGCCCUCUACGCCGGCUUAUCGUCGCUCAAACUGCGCACGUGCUACGAUCAUGCGUCGAAGAACGUAGACUGCCCCGUAUGCGACCCGUCAUUAGGCAACUUGGCCGAAGAGGUUCCUUUCAGCCAUCACGUCAACUCGACGAUCGUAUGUCGCAUCAGUGGCAAGAUAAUGAACGAGGACAACCCGCCUAUGGCGUUCCCCGGCGGCUACGUAUAUUCGAGAGAGGCUCUUGUCGAGAUGGCCGCUCGGAAUGACGGGCAGGUGAUAUGUCCUCGCUCAGGAGAGCGGUGCGACUUCUCUAGUCUGAAGAAAGUCUUCGUCUCGUGA